UCCUCUGUGCCUCGAUACUGACGUGUAGAUGGUGUGGAUAUUAUUUUUUUCUGUCUGCAACUGUCGCUUUCUCUGCAGAAUUUGUCUGAUGGAGCAAAGGCACUCGGCGCAGCUCGGUGCAAAAAGGCAUCAAUGCGACCGGUGUGCAUACAGCACGGAUCGUCCUGACCAUUUGACACGGCACCAGAUAACUCACACAGGAGAGAAACCCUUCAAGUGCAGUGUGUGUGGGAAGGCGUUUGCAUGUUCAUCUACUUUUGUAACACACCAGAGAACUCACACGGGAGAGAAACCCUUCAAGUGCAGUGUGUGUGGGAAGGCGUUUUCAGAUUCAUCUCCUCUUGUAACACACCAGAGAACACACACGGGAGAGAAACCUUUCAAGUGCAGUGUGUGUGGGAAGGCAUUUUCACAGUCAUCUGCUCUUGUAACACACCAGAGAACACACACAGGAGAGAAACCCUUCAAGUGCAGUGUGUGUGAGAAGGCUUUUGCACAUUCACCACAUCUUCAAGUACACCAGAGAACACACACGGGAGAGAAACCCUUCAAGUGCAGUGUGUGUGGGAAGGCGUUUGUACAUUCAUCUACUCUUAAAAAACACCAGAGAACACACACAGGAGAUAAACCCUUCAAGUGCAGUGUGUGUGGAAAGGCGUUUACACACACGGAUCGUCCUGCACAUUUGACCUUGCACCAGAGAACACACACAGGAGAGAAACCCUUCAAGUGCACUCUGUGUGGGAAGGCAUUUUCAGUUUCAUUUGCUCUUGUAAGACACCAGAGAACACACACGGGAGAGAAACCCUUCAAGUGCAGUGUGUGCGGGAAGGCAUUUUCAGUUUCAUCUGCUCUUGUAACACACCAGAGAACACACACGGGAGAGAAACCCUUCAAGUGCAGUGUGUGUGGGAAGGCGUUUUCAGAUUCAUCUGCUCUUAAAAAACACCAGAGAACUCACACGGGAGAGAAACCCUUCAAGUGCAAAGUGUGUGGGAGGGCGUUUUCAGAUUCAUCUACUCUUAAAAAACACCAGAGAACUCACACGGGAGAGAAACCCUUCAAGUGCAGUGUGUGUGGGAAGGCGUUUUCAGAUUCAUCUACUCUUGUAGCACACCAGAGAACACACACGGGAGAGAAACCCUUCAAGUGCAGUGUGUGUGGGAAGGCGUUUUCAGAUUCAUCUACUCUUAAAAAACACCAGAGAACUCACAUGGGAGAGAAACCCUUCAAGUGCAAUGUGUGUGGGAAGGCUUUUGCACUUUCACCAAGUCUUCAUGUACACCAGAGAACACACACAGGAGAGAAACCCUUCAGGUGCAGUUUGUGUGGGAAGGCGUUUACACAGUCACCACACCUGACACGGCACCAGAGAACUCACACAGGAGAGAAACCCUUCAAGUGCAGUGUGUGUGGGAAGACAUUUGCACAGUCAUCUACUCUUGUAACACACCAGAGAACACACACGGAAGAUAAACCCUUCACGUGCAGUGUGUGUGGGAUGUCGUUUGCACGUUCAUCUGGUCUUGUAACACACCAGAGAAUGCACACGGGAGAGAAACCCUUCAAGUGCAGUGAGUGUGGGAAGGCGUUUGCACAGUUACCUACUCUUGUAACACACCAGAGAACACACACAGGAGAGAAACCCUUCAAGUGCAGUGUGUGCGGGAUGGCAUUUGCACAGUUAUCUACGCUUGUAACACACCAGAGAACUCACACGGGAGAGAAACCCUUCAAGUGCAGUGUGUGUGGGAAGGCAUUUGCACAUUCAUCUGCUCUUGUAAGACACCAGAGAACACACACGGGAGAGAAACCCUUCACGUGCAGUGUUUGCAGGAAGACGUUUGCACAGUCAUCAAAUCUUCAUCACCAGAGAACACACACAAGAGAGAAACCCUUCAAGUGCAGUGUGUGUGAGAAGGCGUUUUCACGUUUCACUACUCUUGUAACACACCAGACAACACACACUGGAGAGAAACCCUUCAAGUGCAAUGUGUGUGGGAUGGCGUUUAUACAUUCAGCUACUCUUGUAAUACACCAGAGAACACACACGGGAGAGAAACCCUUCAAGUGCAGUGUCUGUGGGAAGGCGUUUGCAAAGUCACCACAUCUUCAAAGACACCAGAGAACACACACGGGAGAGAAACCCUUCAAGUGCAGUGUGUGUGGGAAGGCAUUUGCACUUUCAUUUACACUUGUAACACACCAGAGAACACACACAGGAGAGAAACCCUUCAAGUGCAGUGUGUGUGGGAAGGCGUUUGCACAUUCAUCUGCUCUUAUAACACACCAUAGAGCACACACGGGAGAGAAACCCUUCAAGUGCAGUGUGUGUGGGAAGGCGUUUGCACAGUCACCACAUCUUCAAGUACACCAGAAAACACACACCGGAGAGAAACCUUUCAAGUGCAGUGUGUGUGGGAAGGCGUUUGCACUUUCACCAAAUCUUCAUGUACACCAGAGAACACACACGGGAGAGAAACCCUUCAAGUGCAGUGUGUGUGGGAUGGCGUGUGCACAGUCAUCUACUCUUGUAGAACACCAGAGAACACACACGGGAGAGAAACCCUUCAAGUGCAGUGUGUGUGGGAAGGCGUUUUCACGUUCAUCAAAUCGUCAUGUACAC